CAUAAUCUCCAUCGUCAGCAAUGGCAACCAAGCUCCUCAUCAUCAUCACUCUCCUCUCUCUCUACAUCUCCACCGUCCAAUCUCAAUCCAACAAAAACUACCCAUGCAUUGAGAAGCUUUUGCCAUGCUCACAGUACCUCAAAACUCCAAAGCCUCCUGCAGCUUGCUGUAUUCCUUUGAAGGAGGCCAUUGAUAAGGAUGCUGCUUGUCUCUGUGAUUUGUUCAGUAACCAGCAGCUGCUUAAAACCUUCAAUGUGACUCAGGAUGAGGCUCUUCAGUUGCCGAAGAAUUGCGGAGUUAAUGCUGAUCUUGAUAAGUGCAAGAAAAGCAAUGGUGGUAAAGUUACACCUCCAACACCAACUCCAACACCACCAAAUCUGACACCACCAACUCCGACGCCACCAACUCCACCACCAGUAAAGUCAGCGUCCAGCAGCAGUGACAUUAACGCUGUAAACGCAGCUGCUAUCUUUGCUGCAAUUUCUUUUGUUUACCUUAGCGUUUAAUUUUCAGGCUUCGACUUGAAAUAAAAUUAUUUGUAGCCUUGUAGGUGACUUUGGUAUUUAUGGGUUCCUCUAGUUCUUUUUGAGGUAUUGUAAAUAAGCGAAUGCAUUGACAGUUUAUGUAGGAUUUUCUUAACUGGGUUCUUUUCUGAUUCA